AUGGCAUCAAACUCAAUUCGUUCAAGUGAGCGUCUCAUAGAAAUUCUUGAAGCAUGGUCACCAUUGUUGCCCAAAAACAUAUUCAUCAACAUCGUGGAACAGUUUCUCAUUCCGAGGCUUCAAGAAGCCCUGGAUUCAUGGAACCCAGUUUCGGAUACAGUUCCAGUUCAUUCCUGGAUCCACCCCUGGUUGCCGCUUUUGGGCGACAGAUUGCAACCUUUGUUUGUGACUAUCAGAACUAAGUUGGCCCAAUGUCUCGUUAACUGGGAUCCGACGGACAGAAGCGCGAAGAUGAUCAUCGAACCUUGGAGGGAUGUGUUUUCGAAGGGAGAGAUGGAAGCAUUCCUGAUUAAAGCGAUUUGCCCUAAGUUGAAGAUGGCUCUUCACCUAAUGCCACUGGACAAUACUAGUUCUGGAAUCGAACUGCUUCGAUCUGUGUUGAUCUGGCACGACCUCCUCUCUCUGCACCAGUUGAGUCAGAUAUUAGUGGCUCACUUCUUCCCCAAAUGGAUCCAGUGUCUCUGUGUCUGGCUGUCUAACCAGCCCAACUUCGAUGAGGUGGAGAAAUGGUACAGAGCAUGGCGGAAUGAGUUCCCUAUUCAACUUCUAGCUCUCAACGAAACCAAAGCCUCUUUCAAGCAAGCAAUGGACAUGAUGACCAGGUCUGUCUCUGGAUCAUCUGUGAUGGGCUACGAGUAUGUCACCCCCAUUCCACAACAUCCAGGACCGCCCACUCACAAUAUGGGGGGCAUGCCUCAGCAUCAGUACCACCCAUACAACAACAGCGCCCAUCACCCGAUCUAUAACUACAAUAUGCCAGCUACUGCUGCUGACGGAUACGUGCCGCACAGCAUCUUGCGACUGCAACAGCAAUCAGGUGUCGACUCCUCGUCUGCAUCUAUGAUGCAAUUGGACACUUUCCGAGACCUAGUGGAACGAAGAUGCUCGGAACUGAACCUUCUGUUCGCACCUGUUCCAGGAGUAUUUCACGAUUCGCGCCAGGUGUACACUUUGGGAACUGUCAAAGUGUGCAUUGACAAGGGAGUCCUGUUUGUGAAUAAAGGGGGAGGGGGUACUAAAUGGCAGCCUAUGGCACUACCCGCUGUGCUGAGUUACGCGAAAGAUAGAUAAAUAAAAACUGGAAACUCUUAUUUGUUUGUUGCUGGGAGAACUUUUCUUCUGGCUUCUCUGAUGUAACUAUUGUUGCGUUUAUAAAAAGGGUUAAAUGUUUAUUUUGGAAGCUAUU